AUGUUAUAUGUUAUAUGUUACCAGUUACGUGAACUAGAAGGUGUACUACGCCAUCGUGAGGAUUUGAUUCGUUCUCUUGAAGGGGCGGUGGCUAAGAAAGAAUCUGAUUUAUCUUUUGUAUUAAAGGAAAAAUUUGAAUUAUCUAGAGCUAUUGUUGCAUCUCGUGCUUCUUUUUCUUCUUCUCUUCCUGCUGCUGCUCCUGCUGCUUCUCCUGCUGCUGCUGGUGCAAGUCAACAACAGACAGACUCAUCCCUUGAGUCAGCAGAAAACGGAUCUGCUGAACUCUACCCUGUGCAUGCGCAUGCAACAGAGGCGCUGCACACACCAUCUGCUGCAGAAAGAAGCAGCAGCAGCAGCAGCUACAGCGGGGAGCCCAAUCUAUCCAGAGUUUCCUUUAAGCCAACUGGAGAGGAUACAGCAGAAGACAACAGCAGCAGCAGCAGCAGCACAUCAGCAGCAGCGCAGAUGAGUGACUCGCAGCAAGGGGAAGAAGACUCUCUGCUUGCUAUAACGAAUAAGAGUAUAAAUCAACAGAUACUAGCAAAAAGAGAAAAAGAAAAGGCAAAGGGGAAAAAAGGAAGUGCAAAUAGCAAGAAGGAAGAAGUCUUGCAGUCCUCACAUUCUUGUACAGCAGCAGAUACUAAUAGGAGGCAAUCCUCUGCAGAUAAAGGGAUAUCUAACAUAUUAAAUCAGCAGCAGCAACAGCAGCAGCAACAGCAGGCAUCUGAAGAAACGCAUGCAGAUGCUGUUGGUAUUGAUGAUACACAGUCAGAAUUAAGGGAUCACAGGGAAUUAAAACAUCCUGCUGCUGCUGCUGCUGCUGCAGCUGCUGCUGCUGCUGUUCGUUCAAAUACUUCAUUAGCAGAUGCAGCAGCUUAUCUUGGGUCUAAAGGAUGGAAGAUAAGAAGUAAUUGUCUUAUAGACACUAAAGAAAAGGAGGAAUGCUCCUCCCCUGCAUGCGACGGAGGAAGCCGUACUAUUUCUACUACGGCUACAGUUGUUGUUGCACAGGAGGAGGCAGAUAAUAAUAGCCCCUUAGGGAAGCAAUUAAAGGAAAGUAAUACAUCUAUAGAUACAGAGGAGAAAAGGGAAGAUAUUCCUUUAUAUGAGGAAGGGAAGGAGGAGGAGAAGGAAGAAGAAAAUGCAGUUUAUGACAUCCAACCCCUAGAUGCUGCUGAAACUCAAAAUGGUAGCAAGGUGCAGACACAGGCUAUGAUAGACGCAGAGACAGAAACCUCAGAUGUUUUGGAGAUGCAAGAAGAGCUGUCGUCGAAGAUUGACAUAUUGCAGAAUGCUUUUGAAGAGAUUUGCCAGGAGCUAGAUGCCGUCAGGAGAGAAAACAAAGCUCUGGCACAACGAGCAUCAUCAACGGGUUCGCAUGGAAAUUUGGAUACUGAAGAAACCAAAAUCUUUAGGGGAACUUUUGAAGAGCCAACUAACGGCGGCGUUUGCAACUCUAGCCAGUGUCCGGAAGCGAUUAUCCCCUCGUGCCGAACGUCUGAGGGUAGUGAGCGGACGAAAGAACAAAUGAAAACAGCUAUGCAAGCAAUGGAGAAAAAACUCGACGAAGCAUAUUUGCUGCUUCAGGAUGCCGAAGGAAAAAAGAAUGAAGCAGAAGCUACCCUUGCCGCUGUUCAAGGUGAAUUACAUGAAGCCCGACAGCAAAUAACUUUUUUGGAACAAAGAUGCAUUCUUAUGGAAGAAAUGGACAAACGAACUUGGCGCAUGCUGGAGAAGCUGAUAUUAACACGAGACCAAGGAAGUGGAUUUUCGAGUGACAGGCCAUCAGCUAUUGUAGGCGGAAAUAUUUGA